AUGGCUCCCUCGUUCGUGACCAUCGACACAACGCCUGAUUUCGACAUGGCACCCGCCCCCUCCUUCCAGCCCAUGUCGACCGGCAGCCCCUCCAAGCGCACUCUCCUCCUCGCUCCCCCCUCCAUCGCCACUCAAGAAGAGAAGCUCCGGGACCUCUUCACCACCUUUGACCGCUCCACAACCGACCUGCAGAUGCUUGACCGCAUAUCUGCCGGCUUCGUUUCCCUCCCCGCCAACACCUACGAUCACAUUGUCGUCCUAACCGAUACCGAUGGCACGCGGCGGUCGGAGGCCCUCCAACUGCUCACGCGGGAUGUCUACACCGCGUUGGUUCCCUGCAUGAAGGCCGGAGCGAAGCUACAGACUCAGGAUAACUUUUUCGGAGAGGCCGAGGAGCGCGAGGCGGUCUUGGCGGGGCUGAUCAAGACCGAUGCCGGAUUUGAGAAGAUGGACCAGCCCAAGUCGUUCGCAAUUCCCCUGCGACGCAAUGGGAAGAAGAAGGAUGCGGCGAAGACAGAGACAGUUGCUCCCACACCUGCGCCUGCACCGCCCGUGCAGCUUGUCACCGUGGGCAUGAUUAAUAAUGACGACGAUUACGAAAACGACGAUGACUUGAUCGACGAGGAUACCCUGCUGUCGGAUGAGGAUUUGAAGAGACCUAUCCAGCCCCCCGAAUGCCAGCCCAAGCCCGGCCGCCGCCGUCGCGCCUGCAAGGACUGCACGUGCGGACUCGCAGCACGACUCGAGGCAGAGGAACAAGCGGAGCGGGAGAAGGCAGACAAGGCUCUGAACGUGAUGAAGCUGGAGACGGAGGACUUGAACGAGCUGGACUUUACUGUUCAGGGUAAGACAGGCUCGUGUGGAAACUGCGCCCUGGGCGAUGCCUUCCGGUGCGCGGGCUGUCCGUUCAUCGGACUGCCGGCAUUCAAGCCGGGCCAGGAGGUGCAAAUCCUGGAAAACGUUGCGCAGUUGUGA